CUGCUUUUUCCACUCUCUGUUGUUUGUAGCCUUCAUAUAACCAAACUUUUUGCUGCACAAUUCACAUAAUGGCAUCAUUACGAUCGGUGACGGCGAUGCGUCGUGUCGCCUGCAGAAACUCGGCGGAAGGCCUUGUCGAGGCUGGUGGCACCGUCCACGUCCUCGACAAGUUACCAGAGCCGACCAAGGACUUUGAGGAAGCGAGAGCUCGCGCGAAGAGCGAAUUCAAUGGCGGUCUGGAGUAUCAUCAGGCCGAUGUUUUGAACGCCGAUGUGCUGGGUUCGACGAUUGCAGGCAUCGCAGCUCAGAAGCAGCGGUUGGAUGGACUGGUCGCAGCUGCUGCGAUCCAACAUGUGGCCAAGGCAAUCGACUACAAACCAGAAGAUAUCGAGAAGAUGCUUGCGGUCAACUACACCGGAGUGUUCCUGACUGCGCAGGCUUGCGCUCGCGAGAUGCUCAAGUAUAAGAUCGAGGGUUCGAUGUGUCUGGUGGCUUCGAUGAGCGGAACGAUCGCCAACAGAGGGCUGGACGCUCCAGUGUACAACUCCUCGAAAGCUGCGGUCGUGCAGCUUGCGCGUAACCUGGCCAUGGAGUUUGGUAGGAAGAGACCAGAUGGGUCAGGUGGCAUCCGAGUCAACUCCCUGAGCCCUGGACACAUCGUGACACCCAUGGUGGAGGAAAACUUCAGGAGAGGCGAGGCGGAUCGAGCUGAGUGGGAGAACAACAACAUGCUUGGGAGAAUCAGCAUGCCAGAGGAGUACAAAGGUGUGGCACUGUUCAUGCUGAGCAAGGCCAGCAGCUACAUGACUGGACAUGACUUGAAGAUUGAUGGAGGCACCACGGCAUGGUGAACGAGCUGAAGUUGGCGUACUGGCAUUCCUGCAGCAAGCGUUGUUAGCCUUUGCUGGCGUUAGUAUAUCGUUGCAUGUUCAGCGAUGAGGUAGUGAUGAGAUUUUGUAAAUGAAUCUUAUUAUUCAACACAUGAAUGAACAUCGCUCUGGGAUGAGAUCUGGA